CCAACUUCGACCCAAGACGCCAAGAUGAGCGUCUCUGGAAUCGUGCGCCCGCGCUUCGUGUACGCUGGGGCAGGAUCCACGCUACAGUUCCCGCUAGAUCAGUCGCCCAUGCACGUUUCCGACCCGUCGGCUGACUCGCCGGCUCUCGAAGGGCGUCUCCAGGAUGCAUACUUCGUGGCACCGGCAUCGCACAUUGGUCGUGUCGUCACGGGCGUCGUGUUCGUUGCCGAGCAGAGCCGCGUAAGCCGCGCGUUCGCUUCAGGAACCGGAGCCACCGAACGGUUUGGCCUCACGACCAUUUCAUUCGCCGAUAAGUUGGCGGAGCAGGGCUACAAGGUGUUGGUGCUGGAUCUGUUCCGCGAAGCGGUGGCAGACAGCAAUACGCAGAAGCACGAGGCUAUCGUGCAACAAGCGGUGCUUUAUCUCAAGCAAAAACACGACAUCCAGCGCAUAGGACUUUGCGGCGUGGGGGCAGGCGCCGACCUGGCGAUCAAGGUGGCUAUGGAAAAGUCUGCUGCAAUGGACUGCGUCAUUGCCAUGUGCCCGAAGGGCAUCGUAUCUUGGAAACCCAUCGGAGAAGCGGACGGUGCAGACGCAGUAGAACCGCCUAUAAUCCCUUUGUUGCUACAGCUUGGCGAGAAAUCGCCCUAUGCUGCAUCUGAAGCUUAUCAGACGCUACUGAGUUCAUGCGCAGCCAACCCACAGGCUGCCACGGCCCUCAAGGCAUCGCUGUUCGUGAACCAGCAAAGCGGCUUCGCGUUCUCCAACAUCACGGAUGAAGACGCGGCGACGCAGGCAAUCGCAGAGAUUCUGGACUGGCUUGUGCAGCACCUGCAUCGCUUCCAGGUGGCUGCGGCUACCAGCGAUACCGACCCGUGGUGGCCUCAAGGUCGCAACGGACCUUUCUUCAACGUGGGGCUACGCACAUGGCAGGAAUCGCGUGCGAGUUGGCUUAUGGCUACACAGACGCGUCCGCCGCGUCCACCUCCGGUACCUGCUCAUUUGCUCUUCGACGGAUUGUCGUCCGUGCGCCGGACUUUCGAUCUACCGCAGCGUAUGCGCCUUGGCGAUGUCAUUGAACUGUUUGCCGAGAUCUGGGAAGUACAACAAUAG